AUGCCCAUGAACCGCCCUGUCAUGCAUCGACCCGCUGACGGCCGCGCCCAACAACCGCUGCUCAAGGAUGAGCGUCGGGGACGGCUAUCGAAUGCCAGCCUGGGCAAUGGUGAUGCAGAAGGCAGGCCUAUGCUUCACCAUUCCCGGCGACCGACCAUCCGCGGCAGUAGUCCCGAGCACAGCGCGGAGCAGGCGACGCGCCAAAAAUACAUGAUUGCCUCGGGGUUCCUGCUUCUGAGCCUGGCGAGUUUCGUGGUUCAGACGGAGACCGCGGUAUACAUUCAGCACGAGCUGCACUGGGACAAGCCUUAUUGUAUGCUCUAUCUCACACAUGGUUCAUGGGCGCUGCUGUGGCCGUUCCAGCUCCUUAUUCUUCGCUUGCAGAAACGCAAACUGUCCUGGGCGGCGUUCUGGCGCCGGCAUGUCUAUAUCCUUCGCACGACGGCAAAAAUGGUGGAGACCCAGGAUGUACACCUCACCUCUCGUGAUUCUCAGCGAUCGCCUAUCCCGUAUAUGCUCCGAACAACGGCGUUUGUCACCACCGCUCUCACAAUCGCCGGAGGCUCCUGGUACGUUGCGGUCAACAUGACCACGCCGAGCGACCUGACCGCUAUCUACAACUGCUCCGCCUUCUUCGCGUAUGCCUUCUCGAUCCCCCUCCUCAAGGACAAACUGCGGGCCGACAAGAUCAUCGCGGUCGUGGUAGCCAUCGUCGGGGUGCUCGUGGUGGCAUACGGGGAUCGCGACGACGGCAAGAAAGGCAAAGCGCACGACGAAGCCGAAAACCGGUUGCUGGGCAAUAUCAUCAUCGGUAUCGGCAGUGUGCUGUACGGUCUGUACGAGGUCUUAUACAAGCGGUUCGCGUGUCCCCCGGAGGGCACCAGCGCCGGACGCAGCAUGAUCUUCGCGAACACGUUUGGCAGCCUCAUCGGAUGCUUCACGCUCCUUGUCCUGUGGAUCCCCUUGCCCUUUCUGCACGUCAUUGGUCUGGAAACCUUCCGCUGGCCGACCGGCGAAGCGGCCUGGAUGCUUCUGAUCUCCGUCCUCGCCAAUGCCACAUUUUCCGGCUCCUUCCUCGUCCUGAUCUCCCUGACCUCGCCCGUCCUCUCCUCCGUAGCCGCCUUGCUGACCAUCUUCCUCGUGGCGAUCGUCGACUGGCUGCGCACCGGUCAGCCCCUGUCGCUGGCCUCCAUCAUCGGCGGCGUCCUCAUCAUCGUGGCCUUCUUCCUCCUCAGCUGGAGCACCUACCGCGAGAUGAACGAAGAGCGCAAGAAGGUCCUCGCCAACGAGCAGACCGAGUCCGACUCCGAUGAAUAA